UUUUAGUAAAGACGUCAUAUUUGUGCGACACUCGCAGGAACACAUGCACCAUGCGUUGAAAUACAGAGGUGUAUGAAGAAACAUUUAUGCUUUUAAUAAUAAGUAUAUUGUUCGCGAGAAGUUGAAAACGUCGUGGGUUGUCAUGGCUGGACGCGCGCUGUCGUUUAAAUCAAAUUACGCAGUCUCCAGCAAAAUAGAACCAUUCUAUAAAGGAGGUAAAGUGCAGAUAAGUCACGACGAGCAGUACAUCUUGUGCACAUGUGGUCCACGAGUCAACAUUUUACAGAUCAAUACAGGAAAAAUCAUCCAUAGUAUCGAGCAGGAUGAUCAGGAGGACAUCACCUCGUUCUCUCUGAGUCCCGACGAUGAGGUGCUGGUGACGGCCAGCAGGGCUCUGCUCCUGAAGCAGUGGGACUGGAAGCAGGAGAAGUGCACUCGCUCCUGGAGGGCCAUCCACAAUGUGCCCGUGUCCAGCAUGAUUGACUCCACCUCCACCCUGCUGGCUACAGGUGGCUGCGACGGCACCAUCAAGCUGUGGGAUGUUUUGAAGCAGUACUGCACACACAACCUGAAAGGAUCGUCUGGGGUUGUACAUUUGGUUGAGUUUCAUCACAUCAGCAGGCUGCAGCUCUUCUCCUCCUCCGUGGACUGUGGGAUCAGGAUCUGGGGACCUGCAGAGCAGCAAGUGUAUCUGUGUUUGGAGAGCCACUUUAGUGCCGUCACAUCCCUGGCCUUCUCCCCGAUUUAUGAAAACUCUAAUUAGACAAAAAUCUGUUCAGUUUGGGACCUGAAGAAGAAGACCGUCAAGAAGACUGUCCUCGCCUAUGAGGCUGUGGAAGGUGUUGUUCUUCUCCCUGAGAAGGGCGAUUACUCUCAGAUGGGUGUGAAGGGUGAAGGGUUGCACUUUGUCACAGCUGGCAGUAAAGGUAUUCUUCGAGUGUGGGACUCCCUGUCCGCUCGCUGCGUGUUCAUCCAAUCGCUGCCCGAUGCUCCGGCUCUCAACACAGACGAGGGUCAUUUAGACCCGCGCAGCCUGAUGCACCUCCUGCCCAUGCCGCAGUCCAACAGACUGGUCAGCGCCACCGCAGAGCACAACAUCCUCAUCUACCAGAUGCCGCUCGCUGUACAGCAGCAGGUGAGCCCCACGGUCCACCUUCUGCCCGGCCUCAAUGACGAUGUCCUGGAUGUGAAGUUCCUGGGCAGGGAUGACACGCACAUAGUUGUGGCCACCAACAGCUCUCAGCUGAAGGUGUUUGAGCUGGCCACUAACAGCUGUCAGAUUCUGUAUGGACACACAGAUACCAUCUUAUCUAUCGAUGUCCUCCGCAAAGGUUCCAUGUUUGCCAGCUGCGCAAAGGACAAGUCCCUGCGGCUGUGGAAGAUGGAUGACGUAGCGCCCGGCAGGGUGCACUGCGUGGCUCAGGGCAGCGGACACUCCAACGCCGUGGGCUCUAUCGCCUGCUCCAGGUUAAAGAAGGUCUUCCUGGUGUCGGGCAGUCAGGACUGUACUGUUAAGGUCUGGGACCUGCCUGACUCUUUUCCUGAAGUGGGAUGUGAACCGGUGUUGAUACGGCACGGCUCGUGAGAGAAAGCUCAUGACAAGGAUGUGAACAGCGUGACCGUCUCUCCCAAUGACAAGCUGCUGGCCACGGGCUCUCAGGACCGUACUGCUAAGCUCUGGUUGCUGGCUGACAUGAGUCUGCUGGGCGCCUUCAGAGGUCACAGUCGCGGUAUUUGGUGCGUUCAGUUCUCUCCGUGGACCAGUCUCGCCUCGGCCUCAGCGGACGGCUCCAUCAAAAUCUGGUCCCUUCAAGACUUCAGCUGCUCAAGGUGAACGUUUGAGGGACAUGACGCCUCUGUGUUAAAGGUCAUAUUUGUCAGUCGAGGAACUCAGCUAGUGUCGAGUGGUUCUGAUGGACUUGUGAAGUUGUGGACCAUAAAAAAACGAAAGUGCAUAAAAACAUUUGACGCCCACCAGACAAAGUGUGGGCUCUGCAACGGCAGCAGCAAAGAUGACCUGAUAGUGACGGGAUCAGCCGACUCCACCAUCACGCCUGACGUGACUAAAGUGGAGCUGGCAGAGGAGCAGGCCAAACAGGAAGACCCGAUGUUUUUGCGUCUUCACAGGCAGCAGGAGCUGUCAAAUUUACUUCAUGAGAAGAAGUACCUGAAGGCUCUGGGAAUCGCCAUCUCCCUGGAUCAUCCUCACACUGCAUUACGAGUCAUCCGAGAGAUACGCCAGCAGGAGGAUGGCGUGCAGGAGCGAAAGACCCUCCUGAAGCUCCGCCAGGAUCAGAAAGAGUCGGUGUUGCGAUACUCCGUGGUGAACACUAAUUCCCGCAGCUGUCUGGACGCCCAGGCUGUCCUGCAGGUGCUGCUCACACACCUGAGCCCAGAAGAGAUCCUGCAGUAUCAGGGCGCUCGCACCCAUCUCGAGGGCCUGGUGCCGUACACAGAGAGACACAUGCAGCGGAUUGGCCGUCUCCUGCAGUCCUCGAUGUUUCUGGACUACAUGUGGCAGAAAAUGCGUAUAACGGGCCUGCGCUUCUGGAUGCCACACGCAGUGUUAGUACUAUACAGCCAUACAGUGUCAGUUGCACGUGUUGGAGGAGUAAGAAAAAUGAGCGACAGUGAAGAAAAUGCACCGUCCACGACUAGCUCGCAGGUCACAGACUUAGUUGACAAGAAAGAAAGAGACCUUGUGACUGCUCAGGAAGAACUUAAACUGCCCAGACACAAGAUGGUGACAGAAUCACCUACCAGGUGGGGCUCACGUCAAAAGAUGGUGGCCAGGGUGAUUGAACAGCACAAGGCUAUCAGUCAGGUACUCACUGCUGACAAGAAAACCAGACACUUGGUGCCUACCUGGCAGGACAUUGACGUUUUGGAGUCAAUAAAUGAGGGCUUGAAACCACUUCUUGAGUUCACAGAUUCACUGUCUGGUGAAUCUUAUGUGAGUGUGUCCUACCUUAAGCCUGUGCUGCACCUCUUCAAAACAGAGGUCCUGAAACAUUCUGAUGAUGACACACAGCUCACAAAGGACAUAAAGACAGUAGUCAUAGACUAUCUCAGUGAGAAGUAUGAUGAGGAGAUAACAGAUGAACUGCUUGAUAUGGCAUCCUUGGUUGAUCCGCGCUUCAAGACUCAAUAUAUCAGGCCAGAGAAAAUUGAGGGAAUCAAACAAAGAGCAGUUUCUGAGAUUCUGAAUAUGGAAGGAGACCAAGGUCCAUCCACUUCACAGGCUUCAUACAGAACAGAAGAAAUGGAGGCAGAGGGGAGCUGCUGCAGCUGUUCCUGCCAAGAAGCAGAGGAAGUAGUGGAGAUGGAGCUGGAGCACUACCUCAUGGCUCCAGAUGCAGACAGUGAAACAGAACCCUGGAUUGGUGGAAGAUCAAGAAAAACAUUAUACCACUAUUUCCACAAAAAUAUGAAAUAUGCUGGUCUGUUGUUUUUCCCCAGUGUGAACUUGGAUGAUGAUGAAGAUGAGAUGGACACCAGCCCUCAAACCUUCUUCAUCAUAGACAAGCAGCAGAUGGACAAGGCAGACAUUCAGGGAUCUCUGCAGCAACAAGAUGAAGAAGAUGAAGAGGAGGAUCUGGAGGAUUCAGAUAAAAGAGAGGAGCUUCUUGAAGAUGAAAGUGUCAGCACAUCUAAAAGCGCUCGCGUGAACGGCGUGAAACCGAGCGGCGUGAACGCUGUCACAGAUGGAGGUCAGGCGUCCAGUGAGGAGAGUGAAGAUGAGGAUGAUGCCAUAGAAAUUAACGAGUCUCUUCCCACCGAAUCUAUGGGUUCAGAGCCCUCCAAAACUGCAGAUAUAAGGUGAUUGGCUGCUGUAGCUGUCAGUUAUGAUUUUUAUUAUUUUUUUAUUCAGUACUGAUUGUUGAAUUGAUGGACUAUUUGAGAUCUUUCAGAAUUUUCUGUGAUGCAUCAACACAGCGUCUCUUUCACUUAAACGGGUUUCCUGUUUGUACCACGAACAUAAGUUUAUCAUGUAGUUGUUUUGUCAUUCUUCAAAAUAAAUGUUCAUAUCUA